AUGAGAGACAGGAGAUCAGUUCGGUGCUUCCUGUUCGAGCUGAUGCUCCUCAGCGGGCUGUCCCAGGUGUGGGCCUUUCCCUUCACUUCCUCCUUGGACCUGGAUGUUACUCCCAGGACCACCGUCUUCUCCAAAGGUCUGGUGGGCAGCUGUCGUUUCACCGGCUCCGCUCAGAACUACAGCACGCUGCUGCUGGAGGAGGACGCCGGGCUGCUGUAUGUGGGGGGCAGAGGGGCUUUGUACGCUCUCAACGCCUCCAACAUCUCAUCUGCAAACCUCUCCAUUGAUUGGAAUGCUUCCCCCGAACAGAAGAAGCAGUGUCUAAGCAAAGGCCGAGACAAUCAGACAGAAUGUUACAACCAUGUCCGCUUCCUGCAGCGCUACAACGAAACCCACCUGUACGUCUGCGGAACCAACGCCUUCCGACCUCUUUGUGCUUACAUAAAUGCAGAGAGGUUCAGUUUCUCCUCUGGUUUCGAGGAGGGCAGAGACAGGUGUCCAUAUGACCCGGCAAAGGGACACACCGGUCUCCUCAUUGAUGGUGAGAUGUUCACAGCCUCUCAGUAUGAGUUUCGUAGCUCUCCAGACAUCCGCAGAAUCUUCCCCUUCCCCACUCUCAGGACAGAGGAGGCUCCCACCCGCUGGCUUCUUGAGGCAGAGUUUGUGGGAUCUGUGCUGCUGAGGGAGAGCAUCAACAGUUCUAUUGGCGACGAUGACAAGAUUUACUUCUUCUUCACCGAGAGAAGCCAGGAGCAGAUCGCCUACCCAAGCCAGACCAAGGUGUCUCGGAUCGCUCGAGUCUGCAAGACUGACUGGGGAGGCCAGAGGACUUUGCAAAGGAAAUGGACAACCUUCCUCAAGGCCAGAAUGGUGUGCUCAGUCCCAGAAUAUGAGUUGCACCUCAAUAUCCUGCGUGAUGUGUUCGUCCUGCAAGGGAGAGAUGUUCAAAGCAGUGUUUUUUAUGGUAUCUUUGGUUUGGAAUGGAAGAAUAUCAAAGCAUCUGCCAUCUGCCAGUACGCUUUCUCAGAUGUACACAACGUUUUUGAAGGACCGUACAUGGAGGUGCAGGACUCAAAGUGGAGGGAAUACACAGGGAAAGUCCCAGAGCCGAGGCCUGGAUCUUGUAUAACGGAUCUGCACAGGUCACAGAGCAUAAACUCAUCUCGAGACCUUCCAGACAUCAUCCUCACUUUCGCCCGGAGGCACCCACUGAUGGCCAAACAGGUUCACCCGAUAGGCAAAAGCCCACUCAUGUUCAAAAGGAGCAUCAACUACGUCAAGAUCGCUGUACACAAGGAACCGGCACUGGAUGGAAACCUUUAUACCAUUUUGUUUCUGGGAACAGAUGAUGGCUGGCUGCACCGGGCCGUGGACACUGAUGGAGAUAUACAUAUCAUAGAGGAGUUGCAGAUGUUUGACAAACCACAGCCAAUAGAGAGCAUGGUCAUCUCGUCAGUUCAGAGGAGUAUCUACGUUGGCUCCCACUCUGGAGUUGUUCAGGUACCACUGUCAACUUGUCAGAGGUAUACUUCCUGUUAUGACUGUGUAUUCGCCAGAGACCCCUUCUGCGCCUGGGAUGGGAGAGUGUGUGUGGAAAUAUCAUCACGUGCACAAAGGUCAAACUUGACGCAGGACGUCACCAAAGGAAUCAGGGGCUGCAAGGAGAAUUCGGGAAACGUGGUACAUCGGAGGCGCUCUGUGAUGUCAGGCGACGAUGUGCUGCUUCAGUGUGAGUUACGCUCUAACCUGGCCACUCCACGCUGGACUCUGAAUGGCAAGGAGCUCCGGGGGUACGGCCUAAACACGGGGUACCGCAUCGGCACCGAUGGCCUCCUGAUAAUCGGCGCUCGCACCCAACAGGGCGGAUCGUAUCGUUGCUUCGCCACAGAGAACAGCGUCUCUGUACUGGUUUACCUUUACACGGUAAAGGUGCACACAGAUCCAUACUUGGUUGUGGGGCCCACAGACACAGCCGAGCCCACUCCGGUCUCCGGUUUGACUGUUUACUCCACGGUCAGCCCCACCGAGCAGCCUCUGCCUUCACCUCCAGCUCCGCUGUCUCCUGGAGCUGAGUUCCAGAUCUACAGACACAUGGAGGCCAUCUACAUCUCGUUGGUGGCAGUUCUCGGAGGGCUUUGCCUGGUGCUGACUGUGGUGCUGCUUUACGUGAGCUUCUGCACCAGACGGUCCGCUCAGAGCCGCAAGUUCUCCCAGCAGGGUCUGCGGGUCCUGGGGGAGUCUGAGAGAAAGCGGAGCUCCCAUCUUGAACUCAGAACCAUCUCCAGCCACUGCAACGGCCGUCAGGGUCGUCGCUCCAUCUCCGUGCCGACCUUCGACACCUUCCUCCAGAUUGUUCCCGGCGAUGAUGAAAUGUCCCCGGCCAAAACGCCUCCGCCAGCUCCUCCUCUUCCCAACCCACCCCCACUCCCCAACGUGGACUUCGCCAACGGGCUGUCGGCCACUCUGCCCAGCGUCCUGAGGAAGAUGAACGGGAACAGCUAUGUGCUGCUGAGGCAGGCCGACCCCGAGGGGAUGUCGCCACUUUACCACUCCUUCACAGAGGAGCUCAACAGGAUCCUGGAGAAGAGGAACCACACUCAGCUGCACCCGCAACCUGAUGAGAGCUCCAUCUAG